AUGCGAUCCUCAAUCUGCGCCCCCUACAUCCUUCAUUUAGUGACAUCCUGCGAUCCAAGUCAAGCCAUAUGCGACGUUGACAUAGGAGCGGGGGUCAUAUGCUGUCCUUACAACCAGACUUGUCGAGAUUUUUUCGUUGAUAAUGUGUAUGACACUAUCAUCGCUGUUGAACGACACUCCGGCUCCAACCGUGUGGAUCUUCCCGGAUCAAACCCUCUGCAAAUUAUGCCAGGUACUGAUAUCUCUGCUUGA